AUGUCUUCCUCCUCCCAGCAGCAUGUUGCCGAGCCGCCGUCUCCUGAGAAUGAGCCUCUGUUAAAUGAGGAUACGUUUCUGCGGGAGAGCGCUCGGGAGAUUUACAUCCAGCCUCUCUGGACGGGGAUCAGGACAACGUUGGCCUCGAGUUGUGCGAACCUGUUCCUUCCCUCGGUAUUUCUGGGCAUCGCUUCCGCAUCUUUGGGCUGGGGAGAUACAGCGACGUUUGUUCUCAACCUACUGGCGAUCUUCCCUCUCGCCUCCUUGCUUUCCUUUGCUACAGAGGAACUCGCGAAAAGUGUCGGCGCCGCCGUGGGAGGAUUGAUCAAUGCCACUUUUGGAAACGCGGUAGAAAUGAUUGUGGGUGCGACCGCCGUCAACAGAGGUGAAAUUCAUAUUGUUCAGGCCAGCAUGAUCGGAAGUGUACUGUCAGGAGACCUUCUUAUCCUCGGCUCCUGUUUCUUUGCCGGGGGCUAUAACAGAGAGACUCUCCGCUUCAGCCCAGAUGUCAGUCAGAUUAUGUCUUCAUUAAUGGUCGUGAUCACUUCCUUUCUCCUGAUCCCAUCCGCUCUAUAUGUCACCACUCGUGGCCCGGUCACCGACACGGCAGAGAGCGUCCUGGACCUGUCUCGCGCUGCAGCCAUCGUUCUUCUCCUCUUCUAUCUGGUAUAUCUCUACUUCAAGCUGAAGAGCCACGCGGAGGUGUUUGUCUGUGAUGGUGAGGAGGAUGGCGAGGAGGAAAUCCGGCUGGGUCCGUGGUCCGCCAGUCUGGUGCUCAUCCUGGCUACCCUGGGAGUCACUACCUGCUCCGACAGCCUUGUCGACAGCGUUGAUGGCAUGGUCGAAACCUGGGGGAUCAGCAGGGCGUUUAUCGGUCUGAUCGUCGUUCCAGUCGUCGGGAAUGCGGGGGAAUUCAGCACCACCGUCAACGCCGCCAUCAAAGGGAAUUUGGGCUUAGCGAUCGGACUCAUCGCCGAGAGUACGUUGCAAAUCGCCGUGUUUGUCACUCCGCUUAUGGUCGUUUGGGGCUGGAUUAUUGAUCAGCCCAUGUCGCUCCAUUUCAAUACCUUUGAAAUUGCCGUCUUUUCGCUCGCGGUGAUCUUGACCAGAUGCCUCAUGCGGGAGGGCCACUCCAAUUGGUUCCAAGGCUAUUUAUUGAUUGGCAUGUAUUUGAUCCUUGCGAUCGCCUUCUAUGUGCAUCCAGACUUAGAUCACAUAACACAAGAGGUUCCUUCUGGGUAG